AUGGGUAGGGUGGGGAUGGGGAUGGGGAUGGGUAGGGGGAUGGGGGUGGUGGAGUGGGACUGGGACUGGGACUGGGAGUUGGAGUGGAUGGGGGGGUGGGGGACCAUAGAGUGGGUUGGAGAAGAAGAAGAAGGAGAAGAAGAAGUAGAAGGAGGAGGAGGAGGAGAAAAAGAAGAAGGAGGAGAAGAAGAAGGAGGAGAAGAAGAAGGAGGAGGAGGAGGAGAAAAAAAAGAAGAAGAAGGAGAAGAAGGAGAAGGAGGAGAAGAAGGAGGAGGAGAAGGAGCGAGUCCGCAUACGCCAAUGGGCUCGGAGGAGGAGGAGGAGAAGAGGAAGGAGGAGAAGAGGAAGGAGGAGAAGAGGAAGGAGGAGAAGAGGAAGGAGGAGAAGAGGAAGGAGGAGAAGAGGAAGGAGGAGAAGAGGAAGGAGGCAGUGUGA